AUGUACAAUACCGGUGAUACAGAGACAAUCAUCGACGAGCCAUCUGCCGAUUACAAGAGUCCGGAGAGACGCAAUUCGCAGCACACAAACACAGACUCCCAGGGAUUGGGGGUGAGCGAGAAGGAAGGCGCUGGCGCUAGCGACCAAGCACAGGACCCGCAGGAGGCGACGGAUAAAAGGGAAGACAGCACAGGAGCGUCAGAACCGAUUACGCCGAAAAGAUCCAGCAGCAAUGCUGUGAAUUUCAUCUUCGAAUGGGCAGCAGUAUUAAUAUGCGUCUCGUCUAUGCUCUUUACGCAGGUGGGAAUAGGUGCCUAUCUGGUAAUCACGAAGGAGUUCAUCGCCGCGACUUUCAACAUUGAGGGCAAUGCUGGACAGCAAUCGUGGAUUAUCGCGGCGCAUUCGCUGACGGUGGGUACGUUUGUGCUGCCCGCUGGCAGACUAGGAGAUAUGUUCGGUAACAAGAAAAUUCUCUGCAUCGGUUUCUUGUGGUACUCUAUCUGGUCGAUGGUAACGGGGCUGACGGUAUACACGCGCUCGAUCAUUUUUUUCGAUGUUUGCAGAGCAUUGCAGGGGAUAGCUCCCGCCUUGAUGCUCCCGAACGCGGCGGGGAUUAUCGGGCGCACGUAUCCACCUGGUGUGAAGAAGGCCAUCUCGUUUGCGCUUUUCGGAGCAUCUGCGCCGAAUGGAUUUGUAUUUGGAGCGUUAUUUAGUAGUCUUUUUGCUCAGAGUUCCGUCAAAGCACCUGUCAACGGGGCUGAGUGGGCUUGGUCGAACUUCGUCCUCGCGAUCGCUCUUGUGGUCAUGUUCUGUCUGGCGAUGUGGAUUAUCCCCGCAGAUGGUGACAGGAGCGAGCAGAAGGGGCUCGGUUUCGACUACUGGGGCACGCUGACCGCCGUAUCCGGACUGAUCCUCUUCAACUUCGCUUGGAAUCAGGCAGCCAUUGUGACGUGGAAUAAUGGGUAUGUGUGCGCACUACUUGUCGUCGGUGUACUCCUGCUCGGCGUGUUUGCAUGGGUGGAGAGUCGCGUAGCCCAGCCGCUGCUGCCGCUGUCGGUGUUCCGCAAUGUUCACAACAACCUCAUGCUCGGAUGUAUCGUCACCGGCUGGUCCACGUUCUCCAUCUGGCUCUUCUAUAGUAUCAGGUUUAUCCAGGAUCUGCGCAACGUCGGCACGCUGGAGACUGUCUCUCAAAUUGUGCCGUGUAGCGUAACAGGUUGUCUCGCCGCGUCCCUGUCUACCAUCCUCAUCCUCAAAGUGGGCGGGAGCUGGGUGAUGAUCGGAGCGCUUUUCGCUUUCCUUACUGCCAUCUGUCUCGUCGCUUUCCAGCCCGUCGAUCUCACUUACUGGGCAAUGCAGUUUGUUGCUUUCGUGAUAGCGCCUUUCGGGAUGGAUAUGAGCUUUCCAGCUGCAUCUAUCAUUAUUUCGGAUCACCUUCCCCGCGAGCAUCAAGGAUUGGCGGGGUCGCUGGUUAAUACACUCGUCAACUACUCUAUCGCAAUUGCGUUGGGUAUUGCGGCGACCGUUGAGAUGAAUGUUAAUAACGGCGGUAGAGAUACAGAGUCUGGGAUCAGAGGCGCACUUUAUCUCGGGGUGGGAUUGGCUGCAACGGGGGUCAUACUCGCGCUCACCAACAAAAUGAUAGAGGUGGUUGAAUCACGCAGAUCAGCAGAUCCCGAGAGCGCUCGUGAAGCUGGGAAAGCUUUAGAGUGA